GCAUUUGUCUUCAAUCAAUCUCCUUCAGGUUUCAUUUCUUUUUAAAUUCAAGGACUCUCUCUCCCUCGCUCGCUUGCAUUGCGUAUACAAUAACACCGAAGAAGUAAAUAAAUAUAUGCGCCAAAGAGUUUCUCUUUGCAACGUCUCAUGGCGGGUCAACACUCUGCCCUCAGACCCACCUCUUCUUCUUCUUCUGUUUCUACAUUUUCGUUGUCUUCCUCGCAGUCCUUCGCUUCCCGCCUUCUCUUGCUCCUCACAGUCCUCUCAUUGACCCUCGCCUGCUUCGCCUUCAUUCUGCAAUGGCGGGGCGGCCUCAACGACCCCAUCACCCGCUGGUCCCUGGACCACCACGAGUUUCCGGGCAUGGCUGUUUUCGGCUCCGGAGCCUCCCACUCGUCUCGCUCCGUCGGCUCUGAUUGCGUGGAUCUUCUGGGUCAGAGCCGCUCGCCGACCUUCCCGUAUUUCAGGGAUUGGAAGUUCGGGUACGAGUCGGAUCUGAAUCCUAAGAUAUGUAUUACAACAAGCACUUCUGCUGGUCUAGAGCAGACUUUGCCAUGGAUCUUUUAUCAUAAGGUUAUUGGAGUUUCAACCUUUUUCCUUUUUGUAGAAGGGAAGGCUGCAUCUGCAAAUGUAUCUAAAGUCUUAGAAUCAAUUCCAGGGGUGAAAGUUAUAUACAGAACAAGAGAAUUAGAGGAGCAGCAAGCUAAAAGCCGGAUCUGGAAUGAGACUUGGUUGGCGAGCUUCUUCUACAAACCAUGUAACUAUGAGUUGUUUGUGAAGCAAUCUCUCAAUAUGGAAAUGGCGAUUGUCAUGGCAAGGGGGGCUGGAAUGGAUUGGAUCAUCCAUCUUGACACUGAUGAACUAAUACAUCCAGUAGGCACUCAGGAGUACUCCUUGAGACAAUUGCUAUCCGAUGUUCCUGGAAAUGUUGAUAUGGUUAUCUUUCCAAAUUAUGAGAGCAGUGUUGAACGAGACGAUAUCAAGGAACCCUUCACUGAGGUCUCGAUGUUCAAGAAGAACUAUGACCAUCUUCCAAAAGAUGUAUAUUUUGGCAACUAUAAAGAAGCAACCCGUGGUAAUCCAAACUACUUUUUGACCUAUGGAAAUGGGAAAUCAGCUGCUCGGAUUCAAGAUCAUCUGCGUCCUAAUGGUGCACACAGAUGGCACAACUAUAUGAAGACCCCAAAUGAGAUCAAAUUAGAUGAGGCUGCUGUUCUACAUUACACGUACCCUAAGUUUUCUGAUUUAACUUCAAGACGUGAUCGCUGUGGCUGCAAGCCUACAAAGGAAGAUGUCAAAAGAUGCUUCAUGCUGGAGUUUGACAGAUCUGCAUUCAUAAUUGCUUCAACUGCAACGGAGGAGGAAAUGCUUCGCUGGUACCGUGAACGCAUUGUGUGGACCGAUAAAGAGCUAAACUUGAAACUUUUGAGGAAGGGCAUCUUGACUCGCAUAUAUUCUCCUACGGUGAUUAUUCAGGGUCUGAGGGAAUCUGGCAUUUUUAGCUCCGUGAUCACAUCAGCCAUGCAAACAAGUGAGUCCAAAGACAAUUUCUUAAAAUCCGUCGAGAGUAGCAACUCUUCUAGGGCAACCACAUCUGGAGUGGUUUCUUCAAGAAAGAUUGUUAAUAGUAGAGAAUCUCAAGCAACGGCAAGAAGGGCCUUGGAAACCAAAGAAGUUGCUUCUCACCCCUCGGCUAUCCCGCCCUUAUCUCCUCCUGGCCUGCAUGAUUUUAACAUCGAUACAUAAUUCAAUUUUUUUGCCAUUCAUCUUUUGAUUAUUCCCUCCUCGCCAUUGCCGGCUUCCUGUUUCCUGUUCUGUUUCGGGGAGAGCCGGAUUUGCUGUUUUGACGGGCACUUCCAUAUUCAGUUUUAUUAUGGGGUUCUUCCCGAUCAUUAACCAAGCGCUAGUGUACAUUUCAGGUUUAGAAUAUAUUAGAUUUGGCAGAGUGAUAGGUGUAGAGCGGGGAUUUCAAUUGCAGAUUCUUGAUUUUCUUUAUACCUUUGGUCAUUUCUGUAACUACUGGCUGAUUGCUUGAGGAUGUAAUCUGAAACCCUAGCCUCAUAUAUAUGUUUUUGUUAAUACACAUUGAAGGGGGCGAUAUUAUGAUGUUCUUUCCCCAGUCAAGUUAUAGAGUGCAAAGAUUGUUAUUACCCAAUAAA